CUUCACUGCCUGAGCUGAGCUUGAACUUGAGAUCCUCCUGCCUCAGCGUCCCAGAGUAUUGCAAUUACACAUUAUAGUAUUGAGAUUACUACCACAUCCAGCUGCAUUUUCAAUUUUUAAUUAUUCCAACUUUACUGUGCAUAAAGACCAUCUAUUCACUCACUCACUUUCCCUUGGCCCUCCAACAAGAAAAAACUACUACUGUUCCCUAAAUUCCCACCAAGUUCUAAACACUGUAGGAAUUGCCUUGUACAUAUUUAAGCUUUGCCCUAUCACAUUUAAGCUUUAGAAUCUUUCAUGGUAGGCAUUCCCAUGUUGACUUUCAAGAAAAAAUUGAGGCUGGAGUAUACUAAUAACUUUGCCCAAAGUUAUUGCUACUAAAUUGCUACAAAGUAAUGCUACUAAAUGGAGAAGCUGGGAUGCAAUUUAGAGUCCCCCUGGCCCUGGUGACGAGUCUUGUCCCAGCCUGACACUGCCUCUCACAAAAAGAGUUCCAUAGCUGGAAACAAGAUUUCCCAGCCUAGGAGUACCACUGAGAGGACAAGAGUCAGGUGCAGCCCUAUCUCCAGACUCAAAAUCCAAUCCUCCCUUCCCCUUUAAUCAAACAUUAUAAAUGAGUUUCUCAUACCAGAAAAGAGUAAGUGCUGUAUGUAAAGCAGACCUAAUAGAUAUAAAUCAUUUCAAGUGUCAGAUUAAAUAUAGUAAUUCGAGCACAAGGACCCAAAGAUAGAAAUCUCAUCAAAGGAAUAUUAAAGGGUUUGUAAUAAUUAUACGCAGCACAAAUGCACAGCUACUGGAUGUGAGCCACAGUUACAAUGACUUUGUGUACGGAGAUAGAACAGUAAGAUUUCAUGAAGAAUUUACUACAAUUCUCACUGCAUGUUCUGGCUAUAUGGAAAAGACAUGGGUACUUAAGACAAAUUACCAAGACUUUGUUUAAAUUAGAUCGUUUCUUGUCUUUGUUUUGUAAUGAGUUAGUGUAUUACAAAGGACUCUGAUGUCCUUUAUAUGAACAUUUUUCUUAAAGAAGAAAUGGAUACACUAGAGUUUAUAGUGACACAGAAAAAUGAGAUUACAACACAAAUGACAUGCCUUCCAACGCUGAAAGAAAGGACACUGUUCCAGAUCCAUAUCAAUAAAGAGAAGAAAAGAAAGGAAGAAAGAGAAAAGUCAUAUGCCAUGGAGAAACCACUAGGGGGUCAAGAAAAUCCACCGCCUAGCCAACCUUAGUUUCAAAGCUUAUUCUCAGUUAGAGAUGAGAAGCCUGUUUCAACUUGAAGACACUCGUGUCAGGUGAAUGGACUGCCAGCCACCGCAAUGAAAGAAAUCAAACCAGGACUAACCCAUGCUGAACCCAUGCCUCAGUCAUCCCCGAGUGUUUCCUGACAUGCAUUUUUGCUUACGGAGCAUCAUAACUAAAGAAUGGGGCUCAACUUGACUGUUGCAAAGUUACCAAAUAAUGAGCUGCCCAGCCAAGCAAGUCCAACUCCAAACAACACAACUGAUGGACCCGGAAAAAACAUCACCCUUCACAAUGAGUUUGACACUAUUGUCUUGCCUGUGCUGUAUGUCAUUCUAUUUGUAGCAAGCAUCUUGCUGAAUGGUCUAGCAGUGUGGAUCUUCUUCCAUAUUAGGAAUAAAACCAGCUUCAUAUUUUAUCUCAAAAACAUAGUGGUGGCCGACCUUAUAAUGACGCUGACAUUUCCAUUUCGAAUAGUUCAUGAUGCAGGAUUUGGACCUUGGUUCUUCAAGUCUAUCCUAUGCAGAUACACUUCAGUUUUGUUUUAUGCAAACAUGUACACUUCUAUUGUGUUUCUUGGGCUGAUAAGCAUUGAUCGAUAUCUGAAGGUGGUAAAGCCAUUUGGGGACUCUCGCAUGUACAGCAUAACCUUUACAAAGGUUUUAUCUGUUUGUGUUUGGGUGAUCAUGGCUGUUCUGUCCUUGCCAAACAUUAUCCUAACAAAUAGCCAACCAACUAAGGAAAAUAUUUAUGACUGCAUGAAACUUAAAAGUCCUUUGGGAGUCAAAUGGCAUAAGGCAGUCAACUACGUGAACAGCUGCUUGUUUGUGGUUGUGUUGGUGAUUCUGAUUGGAUGUUACAUAGCCAUAUCCAGGUACAUCCACAAGUCCAGCAGGCAAUUCAUAAGUCAGUCAAGCCGAAAGCGAAAACAUAACCAGAGUAUUAGAGUGGUUGUGGCGGUGUUUUUUACCUGCUUUUUACCAUAUCACUUGUGUAGAAUUCCUUUUACUUUUAGUUACUUGGACAGGCUACUAGAUGAAUCUGCACACAAAAUCCUCUAUUAUUGCAAAGAAAUGACACUUUUUUUGUCUGCAUGCAAUGUAUGUCUGGACCCAAUAAUUUACUUUUUCAUGUGUAGGUCAUUUUCAAGAAGGUUAUUCAAGAAAUCAAAUAUCAGGACCAGGAGCGAAAGCAUCAGAUCACUACAAAGUGUCAGAAGAUCAGAAGUCCGUAUAUAUUAUGACUAUACUGAUGUGUAGGGAUUAGAAACCAUGAGACCAUAUCAUUUGUUGGAAUUAAUAUGUACAAAGUGUAAAUAAAUGUUUCUUUUCAUUUUC